AUGUCACCCGAUCAACAGCGACAUAAUCAUGAAGACAUUGAGCAGCCGAUUUUCGAUGUAAAGCAGUGGAAUGUCAACGAUUUGGCUGGCCAAAUUACACUAGGCGAUCUGGAAGUUUUCAAGCGAAUUAAUGUUGAGGUAAGUGGAUUCCUUGGUUGAUUUUUGAUGAAUGCUGUUCUGUGAUGCUUCGAAAAAGCAAUUCACGCCUUUUGGCCAGGAUGCUUUGACAAUUUUGAGCGAUUUUUUGGCCUCCAUUCAUGACUGGCUUGAUCAUCAUGAAUCAUAUCGAAGCUCUCAAUUUUCUCGAUGAAUCUUUGAUGCGUCUUGUUUUUAAUUAAAAUCCAUGAUUGUUCUUGCUUUCACAAUUCUUUGUUGACCUUUUGAAAUGCUUUUUGGCCUUGUUUUACCUAUUUUCUUUCAGGAAUUGACUUCCUUUGGCUGGGCGUCCAAAAGGAAGGCGCAGGAGGCGCCAAAUGUCAACGAAUUUACCCGGAGAUUCAACUGUCUGUCUUUUCUCACUUGUAAAUCUGUUUUAUCAAGUGAACGGCCGGAGAAACGAGCGCAAGUCAUUGGAUAUUUCAUAAAAUUGGCAAAGAAGUUGUUCAAUUUGAAUAAUCUUCAUGCCGCCUAUGCCAUUAUCAGUGCAUUGGGGAUGCAACCGGUCUUCAGACUUGCAGCGAGCUGGGAGGUAGGUCUCACAACAACUUAUGCUUAGUUACAUUGGAUUUUUUGGCAGUUUUCAUCAAUUUUUAUAUUGUUUUAGGUAUCGAAUUUCUAUUUUGAUUUAAAAAUUAUUUCAGAGAGUUCCCAAGACAGAUCGUGCUUCUCUCGACAAGCUGAAUGAGUUUUUCUCAUCGAAAGAUAAUUUUCACACCCUUCGGAAUCAUAUGUCACUUGGAAUCAACCCCUGUGUACCUCAUAUUGGCAUUUACUUAACUGAUCUCACCUUCUACAAUGAUCGCCUAAAACGAGCAAAUGGAGAUGAAGAGAAUGUCCAAGAGAGCAUAAACAAAAUGUUGAGGAUGUUGUUUAGCUUCCAGGAUUCGAGUUAUGGUGAGAUUUUUUGGAUAUUACUUUAGGUGGAAUUGAAAUUUUUUUGAGGAAAUUUGGAAUUUUCAGAAGUUUCACAGGUGUUCUUAGAGUUUUUUGACUGAAUAAUGAGAUUUUAGAUAUGAAUUUUAUAUAGAUUUAUAUUGAUUUAGACACUAAUUUUGCAAUUUUUAGAUAUCUCGUCAAGCGCUCAACUCGAAGCUGCCUUGGAUGACUUCUAUAAUAACGCCUCUCAGCUCGGCCGGGAUCAGCAGAACGAUCUUUUUGCCCUGUCCGUGAGACUCGAACCAGAAUCUUUGACCGACGAACAGCGUCGAUCUUCGCUUCCAUCCCAGAAAUCUCUUCAAAGAGCCGUCUCAAAAGCUUCGGUGGUGCAAUUCUUGAGUAGUAGAGGGAAGAAAUACAGUGUUUCUCCAUCGGUAAAUUCACCAACAUCAACUCUGCAAAGGGCUUUCAAAAGAGGCCAUAAAAAAGCGGAUUCGUUGGAUGAAGCGAAGAUUUUGGGGUGAGUUGAAGAGUAAAAUUGAAUUUUAAUUAAGAAUUAUUAACAAGGGAACUACCCCAAGUGCGACGCUCAGAUUUUGAUGAAACUUGGCACAGAUUUAGAGUCAUUUUUUCUAAAAUAUAUGCGAGAAUGCUGGCUCGCGCUUUGCAGAAACAGCUGAGAUUUUUAGAUCGAAAUUCGACGAAAAUUUAGGACUUCUUGCCGAAUUUCGGCACGAAAAGUUGCAUACCUGUCUACCAUAAAGGAUAAUGUUUCUACAAAAAAUCAAAUUUUUCCGCACGAAACUGCCAAAGUUAUGGCCAAAAAGCGCUUUUCUCUCUGACCGCUCUCCACGUUUAGCGUUCGCUCUCGGCGGCAAAAAAAACGUUCAAUAUUCGGCGGCGCCCGCAAAGCGCGAGCUAAAACUUUCAGGAAUUGAUACUUAGUCCAUACCCGACGUGUGUGCAAAGUUUAAAGAAAAUCCAAGCGUCGCACUUGGGGUACUUCCCGUGUGAAUAAAAAAUUUUGAAGAAAAAACCUCAUUUUUGAGUCAUAAAAGCUUUUUGGUAAUUAUUAUUCAAGGUUUUUUUCAGAGUUUCCAAUCACUCCAUCUCCGACUUUGAUUCGCCCAGAUCCACAGCCGGCUCCACAAGUCUCCAUCGAUCUCCAUCGUCGCCAACCCAUUCGGCCGCCGUCUCCCCAUCCAUUUGGUACGACUCCAACUCUUCCAGAUGCACUUAUAAUCAGCUGAACAACGAGGAAGACGACAACGAACAAACUGAUGGCCCACGGAACAGAGUCGAUCGUUCGGGAAGCUCGGUCUCGUUGGUGAAUGAGAUUAUGAAGAAAUUAAGACUGAAACAUAACGAAACACCCGUCGGAUCGGCCCGAUUACCCCGAAAAAUUCGAAUUCAAAACGAAAAAAACGGAAGACGGGCGGCGAAAAGCGCGGAUAACACCCCGAUUAUCUCGAGAAGACUGUUUGUCAUGAACAACUCAAUGGACGAACGACUUUAUGCCUUCAAGAAAAGCAAAGGACACGGGUUUGGGAAGAGCGAUGAGUAAGAAAUUUUAAAAACUUUUUGAGUUUUUUUUUAUUUUUUUUUUUCGAAUUUUAGUCAUGAUUGAAUUUCAGAUCCGCUCUCCCGGAAAAGUUUGAUGGUUUAGACGAUAGCCCAUUGCUUUUUGAGACGACAGAACCUGAAAUUUCUGGAGUAUUUUCGAAAACUCAACUUCGAUCUAAAAAUCAUAAAAUAAAAUUGGUAAGCGAUUUGUUACCGAUCAUUUUUUGUUAGAAUUUAUGUAGAAUUUUAAUCAAUAUUUUUGCCAAAUUUCGACAUAAAUCGAAGAUUUUUUGAAUAUUUUUUGUUUUCUAAUUUGUCAUUAUUUUAGGUUCGAACCCACCAUUCUUGCUACCUUGAACUCCGAAAUGGAAUUCUCCUCGAAUUUGAACGCAAACUGGUCCCAUUGUACAUAGAAGAUGAGCGCGCGGUGUUCCAGUCCAAGCCCAAGAAAUUUUUUGAUCUGAAAUCCGGCGAUUGGACGGUCGAAACGCCCGCAGAGAGCGCAACAACGCCGCGAAGAGCCGGCUUCGAACUGCAUGACAAACUAAAAGGCCGGGUCUAUCAUUAUGCAUGCCGAAAUUGGACCAUGGCCAAUCAUUGGAAGAAAAUUUUGGACGAAAAUAUCAACGAUUCGGCGGAUGAAAAGAGGUCGUUGAAGAAGAUUAUGUCGCAAAAAUCCAAGGAAAGCUAUACGUAUGAGGAUACGGACAUUGAUGGACUGGAUUUGGAAGAACAAAGACUUGAUGAAGUGGAUGAAGAAGAAUGCGAAGUGACAAGGCUGUAA